UCGUUCAUGUCGGGGUAUGCUUUUUGCUGAUAUCUCGAUGUUUUCGAUACAUCGAUGAAUCGUAGCAUCCCGAUAACCGUUGCUCUUUCGCUGUUUGCUUUUCGUUCAUUCGUAAACAUUUGGUUUUUUGAUUUCACGAUUUCGGAAUUUCACACCCUAGCCAGCACGGUGAGUUUAACACAGUUGCUAAUUAGUUAUUGACCAAGUACCAUUCUGCAGCUGUGAGCACAACGUUCCUACAAGCACACGUACAGAAAUCUUUGAUUCACAGACUCCAUACCUAUCCUGAACAAAGCACACGUCAUUGCUCAGUGCUCCGGCGCUGAAGUGAAAGUGGCCGAAACUUCGUUUAUGGCUAGACAAACAUAUGUAUUUUAGUAAUUUCAGAAAAAGUUACCGAGCAAGGUUUUUUUAGGUACCAGCGUUCGAAACUGCUGAGGGCAAGUACUAGCCCGAGUAGAAUGCUAUUGCUUCCAAUGAAAAUAAUAUACGACAAAGAAACGGAAUCCCAAAGACGAACAUUUAAAUAUUUCAUCAAUUACAAUAAUUAUUUAGGACGAAAUGUCGAAUUUUUUAGUGAUAACCCCAGAGCCUCUACUCAUUGGAGCGAUUAGUAAUUUAGUAUUGCAUGAAAAGUGUAGUGCACUUUCAUUAUUUGUAGAGACAACUCCAAAUAAUUUGGAACAAAAACUCAUCCCUUCGGUUGAACGUGAAACAAAUGAAUCAAUUGCCAAAAAAGAGCUAAAGUGUAUAUGCGAUGAAAUACGUUCCCGUUGGAAGGGUGUAAUGAAUAUAGCAAUCUACAAACGCAUUGGUUUAAUUGCACCUAAAGAAGCAAAAGUGGUCAUAGCAAUUGCCUCUCCAUUUCAACAAUGUUCGUUGGAAGCAUUGGGAUAUGCUAUUGAACAAUUGAAGAAAGCAGUGCUAACUUCGGAAAGAGGGCUACAUUUUAAUGAAAACAGAGAUUAUAAACAAGAUGAAGAGUGUCAAAGGGUGUGUGAAGAUAGUGAGAGAUUCUGUUUCUCAAAAUCCAAAAUACACGCCGAAACUCCUGUGUCAACGGAUCUGGUGCAAAUAACUGCAAACGGAAAUGAAAUUCGUAAUCGCAUAGCACGUUUUAUUACAAUAAAACGUGAAGAAAUCGACCAAAACAACAUCGUUGACUACAUUAAUAUAGACAAACUCAAUAAAAAUGAAGAAGAUUGUACUUGUGCACGAGUAAAUAGCACCGUUGUGAAACAAGAAAGGUCGAAAUGUCAUUUAAAAGUUUUCCGGGUGAAAAAUACCACCGGCCCACAAACUCGUCCAAACUACUUAAGAGCAUUAGAUAAAUUGAUGACAUAUGACCCUUCAAUGAAGUUAAACUUAACCGAAGGAGAAAAAAUUGGAGUACAUACAAAAUUACCUACUUCGGCUCACAAUAGGCUUGAGGCUAUAGAACAACAUCUGUUUCGUUCAUCUAAUCAUGAUUUACCGAUAAGUAGGCGUCUCAAGGAAAUUGAAGAUCGUAUACUACGUUUAGAAUCUAUAUCUCCUGAGUACUGGCAUUUUAUUGUUGAUGCUAAUAAUUCUCCAAAAACUUCAAAACAAAACUCAACCUCAGAUAAAGUCAUAACAAAAACAAAUUAUGGGUGCGAUCCUUCGAGCCAUAAGGUCUACACAGUCAAUGAAUUAGAUUCUUUGAUGCAGCAAAUACAAACGUGCAAAGACAUGGAAAUUAAUUGAAAUCGUAGAUUUUUUAUCUGAAACUUGUGUAUGAAUGUAUGUAUGUUUUCAAAAAAUCUAUGCUCUAUUAGGGGCAAAUAUGUAUGUACAUAGAUCUUGCUCAA